AGGGUCUGAAUACCGACACACACCGGACAUGAGCGAGUAGGAGUGAAGGGGAGAAAACAAGUGAACCGACCCUGAGAGAGCGUGAAAAGGCACUAGGGCACUUCUAUCUGACUGUGAAACGGCGAAGAAGAGAACUCGCUUAAAGAAACGGCGGACACGAGUUUCACCAACUAACUUUUGCGAGAGCAUAGGCCUAAUCAACUGAGCGGAGUUAAAAAACAACAACUAUUUCCAAGCCUCUCUAGUUAUUUCUUUCCCAUCUUUUUAGCGCAUGACCUCGGGACUGCCUAAUACUCCGAGCGGUAAGUGACAAACUCAUCACAGAAUCGGAGGCUGGGGCUCGAGGCAGCAUUUUGGACAUCACUUGUAUUGCAGAGCGUCGCGCCUUGAUUUUGUAGACUUGAGUUGUGAGUGUGGCCAUGGUCGGGGAGAUGAGUGAGCAGGUCCGGGAAAGACCAAGGCCCAGCCCGGACUACCUGAUGCAGUUGAUGACGGACCGGAAGGUGAUGAGCUCGCUGCCCAACUUCACUGGCAUCUUCACACACAUGGAGCGGCUCCUAGAAGAAGAGAUAGGUAGAGUGCGCAAGGACAUGUAUAACGACUCCAUGAAUGGAGGUGUGGCCGCCGAGGGGCGGAACUCUGAGGAGCUGCCUAAUGGGAUUGGUCCAGUGUCUCAGCUGCAGGAGAAGCUCUACGUGCCCGUCAAAGAGUACCCCGACUUUAACUUUGUAGGUAGGAUCCUGGGUCCGAGAGGUCUGACGGCCAAACAGCUGGAGGCAGAGACGGGCUGUAAGAUUAUGGUACGAGGGAAAGGAUCUAUGAGAGAUAAAAAGAAGGAGGAGCUGAACAGAGGGAAACCUAACUGGGAACACCUGAGUGAGGAACUCCAUGUACUCAUCACAGUGGAAGACACACACAACAGAGCUCAGAUCAAACUACAAAGAGCUACCGUAGAGGUCAAGAAACUACUCGUACCAGCCGCUGAAGGAGAGGACAGUCUAAAGAAGAUGCAGUUGAUGGAGCUGGCCAUUCUCAAUGGAACCUACAGAGACGCCAACAUCAAGCAACCAACUAUGGCUUUCUCCCUAGCCUCUCAGCAGCCUCGGCUCAUCUCCAGUCCCUCCCCUGUUAUGCAGCAGGCUAUGAGAAACCCCGCCCCUGUUCAGCAGCCCAAUCUCAUGCCUCAUCUGAUUCGUCAGAUCCAGAGUCAGCAGGCCCUCAUGCAAGGAGCCAAUCAGCAUGCAGGACUGAUGCAGCAAUCACCUGAAUCAGGAGGAUUCUUCUACACUCCCUACGAAUAUUCCCCCUACACCCUAACCCCAUCUAUACUAGAAUACCCCAUGGACACUAGUGGAGUAUUAGGAGCGAUGACGGCUAAGGUGCAACGCCACAAUAUGAGGGUCCAUCCUUACCAAAGAGUAGUGAACACCGACAGAGCUGCCACAGCAACUAACCCUUGACCUCUGUACCCACUGAUGACCCGCCCAUCUCCGCCUGUGGCUUGCUCGUUGCCAUGCUCUGGACAACAGCCAUGCCCCCCCAGGAGUCACCUCUGCCAAACCAACCAGAGACCAGCGCCAUGGUAGUGACCCUUCAGGACCCAAUCAGGACCCAGUCACCAGCCAUGCCCACCCAAACACCACACUAUCAAGCCAUGUGCCCCUUCUAUAGGAACCACUACAUCAAAACCACCCAAUCACAACCCCCCAAUCAAACCCCAGCCAUGCUCUCUGCACUGGUCAGAUAACCUAUCUCUAUACCUUGCCCUGCAUUGAGUUGAUUUGAAGCUAUAAUAUUAUAAUAAUGAAAUAAUAAUAACAGUCAUAUGUAUGAUCAUAACAUAUUCAUGCCCACUAAGCUAGUCUGACUGUCCCUGUUCUCAAACCCUCAGCCGGGGUCUAGAGAACCCGGAAGCAUCUCGUUUUCGGGGGAGAAAGCAGAGAAGAGGCAAAGCCUAAAAAACGGAUGCUUACGGUUUCUGCCGACCCACUAAGUGGUUUCUUUUACGGCCUGCUACUUUAGGUUACCGUCACACAAAAUGUUACUCAGAUCUGGUUUAAUAUGUCACACCAGUUUCACAUGAUGUCCUCUCUAAGACUAGGCUUUUACACCAUGCCUGCCUUUCUACAGUGACCUGAGUAUCUAAUGGGCACGAUCACACUUCUCCAGGUGCUACAGAGUGAAGAGUCUCAACCAUAACGUUUGCUUUACCAAUACAGUAUUAUAUAAAUCUGGAGAACAAAGUGCCUUUAUUUAUUCCAAUCGAGAGAUAUGUCACAGACCAGAGCAGCCUUUUUAUGAUGGGUUUAUAUUCUCCAUGAAACAUGUCUCAACAAAGUGAAAGAGAUGUGGUGUAUUAUAAAGAAACCAACUCAAUGUUGUGGUUUCCCAUAAGCCUACAUGUCUUCUGGAUUUAGAAUGAAGUGCCAAAAAGGGUUGGUUUCCUCCGUUAGUAUAGUAGGACCUCCUCAGAACAGUGUUAGUUUUGUGUGUUUAUUUUCUUUGGGGGAAUGAUGUGUAUACUUGUGUGUCUGCCUAGAGAACACACCCUAUUGUAUAGCGUUGUGUUAUUAGAUAUGUGCGUUACAUACCUGAGCUCCUAACUCUCCUCUUGCCCAAGCGGUUGUUCAUACUCCACACCAACCAUCUCAUUCAAGACAAAACAUCUGUUUAUAAUGUAUUUUUAUAUGAUAUUUUGUAUGUGAGAAAUAACAUUAAAUUAUGUUUUCUGGUAAGAACA